CGGAACUUCCAUGCUGACAAUGCCGACGAGCACCCGUCCCCGCGCACUCUCCACCACGGAGCCUCCGUCUGCUAAAAAGCUAAAGACGGUCCAUGCCGACGAACAUAAUAACAAUAAUAAUAUUAAACCCGAGUCUGAUCUUCCGGACGAUUCCCCGCCCAACACCGUCCCAGACGCUUCUAAUGGUCAUUUACACCAUCCAAAAGACUACUUUGCAGAUGGCGUACUUGAUGUGUCCAAUGUGGAUCGCCUCAAGGCGAGCUACCGCUCAUCCGAGCCUUUUUUGCACGCCGUGAUCGACAAGUUGUUCCAAAACGACCUGCUAUCCAAAGUAAAAGACGAGUGUGUCGGCGAACUGAGCUUCACCGAGAAGGAGACCGACAUCUACAAGGUUCACCAAACGGGCGACUUAGCCUCGUUGUCGUACCUCGCGGAACAAGAAGUCGCUUUAUUGCCGAAUUUACUCAAGUUACGCGAUGCCCUCUAUUCCCAAACUUUCCGCGACUUUCUUCGCAAGGUGACUGGCUGCGGACCCCUAUCAGGCAAGAAGCAGGACAUGUCCGUCAAUUCGUACAAGAAAGGUUGCCAUUUACUUAAUCACGAUGAUGUUAUUGGCACUCGAUCUGUAUCAUAUAUUCUCUACAUGCCAAUGCCAGAACCCGAAAGCUGGAAAACCGAAUAUGGCGGUUCUCUCGAAUUAUACCCCGUGAAACCUGGUCCAGAUGGUGUUCCGGAACCGGAAUGCAUACCGUCCAAGUCAAUCACACCAAGCUGGAACCAAUUUAUAUUUUUCGAGGUCCAGCCAGGACAUAGUUUCCACUCUGUUCAGGAGGUAAUCGUGGAUGAAGGAGAUUGUCAACGACAGCGACUGAGCAUUAGUGGAUGGUUCCAUCGUGCUCAAGAGGGUGAAGAAGGUUAUGAAGGUGAACCGAUGGAUACCACCAAUAGUUCUUUGGCCCAACUUACAUCAACUUCGACGGUCUAUACUCCGUAUCCCGACAUUGACGACGUGCUGAGCUCAAACCCAUUUGCAACUCUCAAGCCUGAACAACUUUCUUACCUUUCCGUGUUUCUCGAUCCGGUGUACUUGCAGCCAAAGGUCAUAUCUGCACUGUCGAAGCGGUUCAUCGACGACUCGAGUAUCGAGCUACACAAAUUCCUCUGUGCACCCCUCGCUGCGAAGCUCGAAGCAGGUUUACGUGCACGAGACAAAGAUGACGGACUUGAUGGCGAUACUCGACAGGGACGUGUUCCUCGCCACACAACCGGUAUAACCGAAAACGGUCCUUGGACGCUCCAAGGUCCACCGCACAAAUCCCGUUACUGCUCACUGUCACUCUCUUCAAGGCAAACUCGAAUGAAAGAUGAAGAAGCCAUCGCAGCACUCUCCUCACCCACCACAACUCUCGAGCAACUCCUCUCAAUCCUCGAAACCUCACUCUUCCCACACCCUGCUUUUCGUACCUGGCUUGCACUCAUCGCGCAGCUGCUUCCGACGAAAUAUACCGCUCAGGCGAGAAGGUUUAGGCCGGGAUUGGAUUAUACGCUUGCGACGAGUGAUGAUGAGCAGAGUAUUCUUGAUGUUGUGCUUGGGCUUACGCCUGAGUCUUCUGAGGAAGCAAAGAAGAGGGAAGAGAAGGCGGCGAGGGAGAGUAUGAAGGGGAAGAAGAGGGCGAGGGGGAGUGCGAAUGAACCCGAGGAGGAAGAUGAGGAACCUGUUGGGUGGGAGAAAGGGGAGUGGGGUGGUUGGGAGUGCUAUAUGGCUCCGCACGAAGGAGAAGAAGACCCAGCCGUAUACCGCUCCGGCUCAUCAAAGAAGAAACAGGACGACUCGGACAAUACGCACGCGCAGAACGGUACCAAACCGUCUUCAACGUCGACUACGACAGCUUCUAGGAUAGCCAAACACCAAAAUUCACGUUCCCUACCAGUACACGGGAUCGUACACCAUAACCAGUCUACCUCGUCUACCUCCACAGGCAACAACACGUCCAACCCUUCCACCCGUCCGACUAACCACGCACGCGAGAAGGCCGGAGGCGAUGAAGACGAUGACGACGAAGGAGAAGGCGAGUUCGACGAAGAAGACGAGGAAGACGAAGACGAUGGUACACUCUUAACAGUACAACCUGGGUUCAACCGCCUCAUGCUGGCAUUACGAGACGAAGGCGUCAUGCGGUUCGUGAAGUACGUGUCUGCUGCUGCGCCUGGAUCAGUGUGGGAUGUAUGUGGGGAGUAUGAAGUUGCUAUGACUGAGGAAGAGGAGGAUGGUGUCGGCGAGGGGGAGGGGGAGUGAAAAAAAGGAUAAAUGGCAGGGGGAAGUGCAGGUGUUGGGACUGGUUAGGGUUGUGGCAUGUAUAGUUAAUCUGCUUUUGGUUGUGUUGGCAUUGAUGCUAUGUCUUUUCUUGUUUUGUUCUGAUUUGCCUUGUCGCGUUUGUUUGAAGUUUAUUAUCCAGUAUCAAUGCACCGCUCGUAUACCUCUUACUCGUUGAAUA